AUGAACAAGUUAACAGAGCAGGCGCAGAGACAAGAAGCCAACAAGUUCUACGUAAAUUUGUCGGAGCCAAAAGUAGUGGACGAACGUUCCGUAUAUGAAGGGAUCAAGGAUAUCCUGAGUGUACUGUCGGUUUUGACAAGCUCAGCUAGCAUGGCGGAGAUCAUGCAUCCGGUAGCCCAAAAGUCCAAGAUUCUGCCCAUCCCACUGCCUACCAACACGUAUAAGCCCUCCCGAUCCGAUACCAGGACUCACUAUUUCAUGGCGGAUCAUAGAGCACAAAGCCAGUUCUUGGGAUAUGGAGAUGUAUGCACGCUCGGAAACCCAACGGAGAGCUCGACAAUGAUAAUGGCGGCAGUGACGGCGGCAUGUGCUGGUGGGGCGAGAAAAGGCAGGAAAGUGCGAGCGGGAAGGCGGGGACAGGGCGUUGAAAAAGACCAGGGCGAGAAUCGGCAAUUGGGUAGCCAUUUCCGGGGCUGGCCAGUGGCGGUAGACUGGGUGAUCUGGGCAACAGCAGACAUAUACGGUUACAGCAACCUAGUUGCCGCCAUCAUUUUCACCAUCGCCUACGUGCACGUAGUGUUAUCUAUCUUCUGCGCAAUUCGUGUCGCUGCAUUCACGAUACGCGCCAUUUUGAUAGGAUCUGAACUGGCAGGUGAGAACCUCGGUCUCUUCAUUGGUGAUGAGGUUUUGUUCGGGAUAGGGUUGUACGCUGAUUAG